UUAUAGUCGCUGUCAAUUACUUCACAAAGUGUAUCGAGGCAGAACCGCUUGAGACCAUCACCAGCGUCAAAGUUCAGAAGUUUGUGUUCAACAACAUCAUGAUCCGCUUUGGCAUCCCGCAAUCGAUCAUCACUGAUCAUGACACUCAAUUUGAUUGCCGGUCAUUUGAAAACUUUUGUGCGAGAAACCGCAUCAUAUGCACCAUGGCAUCAGUGACCUACCCGCAAACAAAUGGUCAAGCUGAAGCGUCCAACAAGCUUAUUUGCAGGGGUUGAAGAAACGUAUGCGAGAUGCCAAAGGGGGCAUGGACGACCGAGCUCCCACACGUCCUAUGGUCGCAUCGCACAACCCAUAAGAUAGCCACAUGCGAAACACCUUUCACACUAACAUAUGGCUCGGAGGCCGUCGCUCCUGAGGAAAUGAACCUACCCUCCCUUCGGGUUCAGACAUACAACCCAAAAGACAAUCACAGGAAGCUGCUGGAGCAACUAGACAUGGUGGAGUCGAGAAGAGACGCGGCCUUGGAGCGUAUCAUAAGCGAAAAGGUGAAGGUAGCCGCCUCUUACAACAAAAAGGUGAGGUCGCUCCCUCUCGAAGAAGGAGACACGGUUCUCAAAUGUGAUUUCCAAAAGAGGAACGAGCAUGGAAAACUCGCUGCUACUUGGGAAGGGCCAUUCCUAAUUGGCAAAAAAACAGUUCCUAGCACCUUUCGCCUCGCCACCAUGGAAGGCAUCCCUGUCUCCAAGACAUGGAAUGACAUGCAUCUGAGGAGGUACUACUCGGACGCCGUCUGAGGAACCUCACAUCAUAGUGACGAUAUUUUGAAGAGGCUGGGUUACACACCCGCUCUUGUAAUAGUGUAUUGGUAGCUAUCAUAGCAACCUCUUUUGCUCAAGUAAUACACUUACCUAUUUUUC